GACAGGGGAAGCUCAGGGCCGGGCGCUCCCGCUCUCCCACGGCUGCCGCCCCGGCACCCCCGGCGCUGGCCGCAGCGGGGCUGCCCCCGGUGGUCCCGGGUGCCAGGGGGUCCAUGCCAGCCGGAGCAGGAGCAGGAGGUGACUCUUCUCCUCCCUGGGGUGGCAUGGAGCAGCUGGAGUGACCUGAGGAGUCGUCGCAGUGAGUGGGGCUGCCGUGGAGCACCCCGGGGUGCCAGGGGCACGUGGGGUCCCCGGGCAGCAGAGCCCUCCUUGCAGCAGUGCCCACGGGGACCCCGGUGUCCCCCUGCUGAGCUGGGGGGUGGCAGGGUGCACCCCAGUGCCUGUCCCCAUGCGGGCACUGGCAGCCACGUGUGCCCCCUGCUCACGGACCCUCUGUCCCACAGGCGGUGCCCAGGAUGGGCUGCGUGCCCUGCAAGGAGAGGGGGGCUGGCAAAGGGCAGGCAGGGGGCGAGGGGGGCUCCCUCCAGCCCCCUGCCUCGCAGUACGACCCCGACCCCACGCAGCCGGGGGCCAUCUUCACCCGCAUCCCCGACUUCAACAACUUCCAGGGGCCAGCCGUGCCCCCGGCCCCGGAGCCGGGGGGCUUCACCUCCAGCGCGCUGCCAGCGCGGAGCGGGGGCAUCUCAGGCGGGGGGGUGACGCUCUUCAUCGCCCUGUACGACUACGAGGCCAGGACGGAGGAUGACUUGACAUUCCAGAAAGGGGAGAAGUUCCACAUCAUCAACAACACGGAGGGGGACUGGUGGGAGGCCAGGUCGCUGAGCUCGGGAGCCACUGGCUACAUCCCCAGCAACUACGUGGCCCCCGUGGACUCCAUCCAGGCAGAAGAGUGGUACUUUGGGAAGAUCGGGCGCAAGGACGCGGAGCGGCAGCUCCUGUGCCACGGCAACGCCAGAGGCACCUUCCUCAUCCGGGAGAGCGAGACCACCAAAGGUGCCUACUCCCUGUCCAUCCGGGACUGGGACGAGGCCAAGGGGGACCACGUGAAGCACUAUAAGAUCCGGAAGCUGGACAGCGGGGGGUACUACAUCACCACCCGGGCCCAGUUCAGCACCGUGCAGCAGCUGGUCCAGCACUACAUAGAGCGGGCGGCGGGGCUGUGCUGCCGCCUGGCUGUGCCGUGCCACAAGGGAACCCCCAAACUGGCCGACCUCUCAGUCAAAACCAAAGACGUGUGGGAGAUCCCCCGCGAGUCCCUCCAGCUCCUCAAGAAGCUGGGAAAUGGGCAGUUCGGGGAAGUCUGGAUGGGGACGUGGAAUGGCACCACGAAGGUGGCAGUGAAGACGCUGAAGCCAGGGACCAUGUCCCCUGAGGCCUUCCUGGAGGAGGCCCAGAUCAUGAAGCGGCUGCGGCACGACAAGCUGGUGCAGCUCUACGCCGUGGUGUCGGAGGAGCCCAUCUACAUCGUCACCGAGUUCAUGAGCCAGGGCAGCUUGCUGGAUUUCCUGAAGGAUGGGGACGGUCGCUACCUGAAGCUGCCCCAGCUGGUGGACAUGGCUGCCCAGAUUGCGGCGGGCAUGGCGUACAUCGAGAGGAUGAACUACAUCCACCGGGAUCUCCGCGCCGCCAACAUCCUGGUGGGAGACAACCUGGUGUGCAAGAUCGCCGACUUCGGCCUCGCUCGCCUCAUCGAGGAUGACGAGUACACGGCACGGCAGGGUGCCAAGUUCCCCAUCAAGUGGACAGCUCCGGAGGCUGCGCUUUUUGGGAGGUUCACCAUCAAGUCGGACGUCUGGUCCUUUGGCAUCCUCCUGACGGAGCUGGUGACCAAAGGCCGCGUGCCCUACCCAGGGAUGAACAACCGGGAGGUGCUGGAGCAGGUGGAGCGGGGGUACCGCAUGCAGUGCCCGGGGAGCUGCCCCCCUUCCCUGCACGAGCUGAUGGUGCAGUGCUGGAAGAGGGAGCCCGAGGAGCGCCCCACCUUCGAGUACCUCCAGUCCUUCCUCGAGGACUAUUUCACUGCCACCGAGCCCCAGUACCAGCCCGGGGACAACCAGUGACCCGGGGCUGGCACUCCCCGCAAGCUCUGGGCUGCCUUUGGGGUGAAUCUCUUUUUUCUUUAGAGGUGGUUGCUUCCUUUGUCUGUGCCCCCACAAAAUGCCUUUUAGGGGUGCUCAGGGUGCCCAGGGCGGACACAGGGCUUUGCACAAGAAUGCUGGACUCAGAGAGAAAACAAAACUGUGCACCCCAGCCCUCCCUUCCCCCACUCCCUUUAUUGCCUUCACACCCAGCUUUGAACCUGAGAGGGGCUUUGGCUGCAGGGGGGACUGUGGGGACCCCCGUGAACCCCCCCAGACCCACAGAGUAGCAGAGGGCUCGGGGGGAGCUCCCCACGCCAGCCCAAAUCUCUUCUGGGAGCACAGCUGCGUGGGGUCCCAAAGUCCUGGCACUGACCUGUGGGAGGUCAUCCCAACCCUCCUUCCCUUUGUCUCUCCUUUAAUUUAUAAGAUUUUAUAUGAUGCCUCCCCCAAGCAGCCAUCGACCCCACCAAGGGAUCCCAGUACUCGGGGGACCCCCUUGUCCCCCUCUUGCUUUCGUAGAGCCAAGUGCUGAGAGCCAAACACCCAGCCCUGCUUGCCCUGGGGGUGCUGCGGGGGGUCCUGGGGGGUCUGGGCAGGCUGGGGCAGCUCUGCCCCAGGGGCUGCUCCCUCCUGGCAGGACGAGGGCACGGGGUGGGCUCAGCAGCCCCACUGCCCCCGGGGCUGCAGCCUGGCUCCAUGACUGGGGGGACAUGUCAGUGUGAAUGCAGGGUGCCCCCCUGCCCCUCCAGCGCCCCCAUUUUGAGUGGGGUCCCAGUCCCGUGCCCCGUGGCCAGUAACGCCCCCGCACCCCCAGGGCAGUGCCGUGGCGGGAGGGAAGGGCAGGGGAGGGAUCUGUUGUUUAUUUUUUUUUAUGAAGUCUGUAAAUACAGAGAAAUAAAACCUUUCUAACAAGCUGGGGGCAGCCGGGUCCCUCUGCCCCUGCCCCACCCCAAGGGAGAGCAGCUGCCCCGGGUGGGCAAAAGCACUGGGGGUGCUUAGAGCUGGGGCGCAACACUGAGGGGGUUCCAAGUUCAGCCAAACCAGGACUGGGUGGUGCCCCCUCACCCCCUCCAGCCCCCGGGCACAGGUUUGGGGGUCUCCUCCAAGGGGGUGAGCAGAGAAAUCCCCCCUGCCGCCAGGGCCACGAGGGGAGGGGAGGGGACACCCCAACUUCCCUUGUGAAUAAAAGCCUGGAAAGGCCGGGUUGGGAAGCACCGGGGUUCACAGAGCUGCCCCCCGUGCAGAGCACCCUGCAGCCCCCCAGCUCUCCCCACCAGGGGACUGUCCCCCCCUGCCAGCUGUGGCAGGGAGGGGUCCUGUGCCGGCAGGCUGGGGAAGAAGAGGUUAAUUUUCCUUGCAGCUUGGCCUCCCCAGCAGGGCCCAGCUGUGCCGGUAAUGAAUUCCUCAGCACUGAUGGGAAGGAGGGACUGGCCCCCACCCCACUCAGGGGGACUCGGGCUAUGGGGAAGAUGCUGGGCUUGUGGGGAGGGGGGCAGGGGGCCAAUGCCGCUGGGUUUGGGGACAUUCCAGGGGCUGUGGGGACACGCUGAGGUGUUUGGGGACAUUCCAGGGGCUGUGGGGACAUGCCACCAUCCCUGGGUACCACCAGGCAUCCUCACAGCUCCUGCUUCACCCCAGCUCCUGCAAGGGCAGGGCUGGGUGUGCCCCCGCUCCCCAUCCCAGGAGAAAUCCCUGGGGAAGGGCCAGGCCCCAGCCAGGCAGGGUGGCGGGGUGCCCGGGGCUGGGGGACAGAGCAGCUUGGGUGCCAGGGACAGGAGAGGCCGUGGCUGCCAGCAGGCAGUCCCAGGCACAGCCCUGGUGUCUCACCGUGCCCAUCCCUGGUGCCUGGCUGUGCCCACCAGCUCUGGCCUCCCCACGCCUGGGGCUGGGGCCUGGGGGUGUGGGGCCGAGAUUGCAGGGGCCUGUGUGAAAGGGGGGACCCCCGUCCCAGUCCCCCCCUGCCGUGCUCCCCUCUCCCAGCACCCCCGGGAGGGGUGAGGGGCUGAAAGGAUUUUGCUGCGGGGUGACCACAGGCUGGGCAGGGGAGGGGCAUCGAUUUUCUGCUGAUGCCGAGCGCUAUUGAUCAGGGGUGGAGGGCGGCUGUGGGUGGGCACAGAUCGCCCUUCACAGAGCUCCCAGCGGGGCCGGGAGGUGGGCAGGGAGGUGAGGACCCCCCAAAGGCGCUGCAGGCUUGUGUUUGCUUCAGAGCCUGCGCUGGGGGCUCGGAGGGGAGAGCGAAGCUCAGAGCUGGGGGGGCUGCUCUGGCCCCUUCCCCCAGGGCUGGCUGGUCCCUGCAGCUCUCCCGAGGGGGGAGAGCAGCCCUGCAGCCCUGCAGCCCUGCAGCCCUGCAGCCCUGCAGCCCUUCCCUGCCCUGCCCGAGGUCAGCCCAGCGCCCCGGCUCCCCCGGUGCCCCGGUUCCCCGUGCCCGCGGUGCCCGCACGCCGUGCCCAGCCCGGGUGGCUCUGCCGGCUGCUCGGGGCCGCGCACGGGGGUCCGGAGCCAGCGAGCCCCCGGUGCCGGGGCACAGGUGCGAGGAUGCCGCAGAUGGCCGGCGCUGCCGAGCCUGGCACUCGCGCUGCCGCCCCCGGCCCCUCGCCCCCCGGCGCUGCCGGGACCCCCGGGAUGGGCAAGGAGCCGUCCCCACCCGCGGCAGGCGGGGUUGGUCCCUGUGCCCCCCGCCCCGCUCCCCAGGGCUGGCAGAACCCGCGGAGCCCCGGGGCGUGGAGCGGAGCCGUCUCCGCGGCAGCGGUGGCCAGACAACAGUGGAAAAUGGCCAAAAAUGUGGGCUUGGGCUUGACCAGGCUUGAGCCUGCCGGUCCAGGCCUGCAGGCACCGUCCCCUCAGGGGGGAAACUGAGGCACAGAUGGGUUUAUCUGCAGUCACCCAGCAGCUCACCACCAGUCACUGUGAGGGGACACCUUUUUCCACGGAAAAACAACGGAUAAUUGGGAAGAGCUGUGCACUGACAGCAGCAGCAUCCGUGGCAGCAGGCUGUGGGGGAGCAGCAGGGCUGGGGACGGAGGUUUUCUGGGCGUGGGAAUGGUCUGGUGGCAGGGCAAACACGGGGAGGGGGCUCAGGGGAGCCUUGCUCUGCUGGCCACGGGGCUGCUCAGAAAUGGUUUUACUGGGAGAAAUCGGGAACGGUUUUGCUGCUGCUCCAGGGCAGCCCGGUGCUGGAAUUCGGGGAUGAAUUGGGCUUUUCUGCCGCAGUUACCUUUAUGGAGACAAAACCUGGCUGGCCACAGCUCUCCACAGACACUGGAGGGGCAGGGAGCGCCCCGACCCCCCCAAACCCCAUCUCUGGACUGUGCUCCCCACAACAGCAGCUCCUGCAUCCCAGCAAAGCACCAAACACCUUCCUCUGCCCCUCGCCCCCCAUCCCCGUGCCCCCAGCUCUCCCCACAGCGUCCCACUGCCUCCUGUCCCCCCGCCCCGGGGCGCUGGUGGCUUUAGGGGUGCCAGCUGCCAUCCCCCCGAGCCCAGCCUUGCGGGGCCGAGCCCGGGCAGCUCCUGGCCCCGGGGGUGGGCAGGGGUGGCUCGGGGGACACGGCCGGAGCGGGGACAGCGGCGGCGGAGCAGCCGCUAGAUGGUAGCGUAAGCCCACGCUGCUGACACAGCACCGGCGGGGACAGCGCCCGGGUGACCCGGGUGGCCCCGGAGCCGCCGGCCCCGCCCCGGCUCAGCUGAAAUCCCCGCACGGCUGAGCGCUCGCCGCUGCGACACGAGUGGCGUGGGCACAGCUCGCUCGCCCCCGUGCCCACGGCCACGGCUGGAGCCACCCGUGCCCGCGGGGACAAGGGGGGACCCCGCUCCCAAAGCCCCUGUGCCCCAAACUCAGACUCAAACACCCCCCGAACCAGCACAGGGCACGAGGCUGACGUGAGAGGGGUCAGACCCCGGCCUGGGGACAAGCAGGGUGACCCACAAGGCACCCAGCUCAGUGUGGGGGUGCUGGGCACCCACGGGAGUCUGGCGGGGCCGGGUGGGGGGGUCCAUCCUGCUGCAAACACCUCGUUUAACUCCUCAUCCUCCUCCAGCCCUGCCCGGGGCUCCGUGCCAGACUGGUAUAUAUAUUUUAUGAUAACUAUAGAGAUGCACUUCAAACCUGACAAAGGACUUUGACAGUUUUAAGCAUCUCUUUGAUUAAUACAUGACCUUUUAAUGCUUUGGAUUAAAUUAACAAAUCUUUUACAUUCUAACCCGUUCUGCUUGCAAUGUCA